AAACGUCAAUUGUGGAUAGAAAAAAAGAAAGAAUUCCCCUGAAUCAAACACGUUUCAAGCGCCGGCUGUUUGUAUCGGUGUGAAAUUGGUCUGCUCGCAGAGUUUGGAAGGAAAAACAAGAUAAACCUUAUUUGGUGAAGCUUCUCAUUUGACGCCCUCACCCGAAGAUGGUAUCAACGUUCGUUUGUUCCAAAUCGAACGCGGCGGUAGGUGGACUCAUCGCGGCGGAACUGCUGCGCCCGGCGUACCCGAUCGAAGUGCGCUGGGGCAACGAAACGUCCAUAUCGUACGCCACCCGGACGCUCGCCUGCAUCACCAACAACGAUGUGCUGCGGGCGCUGGCCAGGGUUGCGCCGGGGCUCCGGCUGUACGGCGAGACGCCAAUCGAGCGCACGCAGAUCGACCACUGGCUGACGUACACGCUGUCGAUGGAGAAGGAUCCGUCGGACGAGCUGAAGUACCUGAACAAAUGUCUUGGCCCGUUGACGUAUCUCGUGGCGAACCAUCUUACCAUCGCCGAUCUGGCCGUGUUCAACGAGCUGUACGUGCGGUACGAGCAGCUGAAGAAGAUCGGCAUCCCGCAGCACGUGCAGCGCUGGUACAAUCUCAUGCUCGCGCAGCCCUGCACGAAGGAAGCGCUGGGCAAGCAUGCGGACGAGCUACGGUCGGCCGUUGCGACUGCCUGCUCCGGAAAGGCGAAGGAACCGAGCCCGGACAAGGGCGCAGCGGACGGUGGCAGUGGUAAGCGCGAGCAGGGCAAAUUCGUCGACCUGCCCGGGGCAGAGAUGGGCAAGGUGGUGGUACGGUUUCCACCGGAAGCGUCCGGCUACCUGCACAUCGGGCACGCAAAGGCGGCCCUGCUCAACCAGUACUACCAGCAGGCGUUCCAGGGCAAGCUGAUCAUGCGCUUCGACGAUACCAACCCGGCGAAGGAGAACGUACACUUCGAGCAGGUGAUACUGGAGGAUCUGGAGAUGCUGCAAAUCAAGCCGGAUCUGUUCACGCACACCUCCCAGUACUUCGACCUGAUGCUGGACUACUGCGUGCGGCUGCUGAAGGAGGGCAAGGCGUACGUCGACGACACGGAACCGGAGCAGAUGAAGAAGGAGCGCGAGGAGCGCGUGGAGUCGAAGAAUCGCAGCAACACACCGGAACGCAAUCUGGCGAUGUGGGCCGAAAUGGUGAAGGGUUCCGCGGCGGGCCAGAAGUGUUGCGUGCGGGCCAAGAUCGAUAUGGCCUCGCCGAACGGGUGCAUGCGCGAUCCGACCAUCUACCGGUGCAAGAACGAACCGCAUCCCCGCACCGGCACGCAGUACAAAGUCUACCCGACGUACGACUUUGCCUGCCCGAUCGUGGACGCGAUCGAGAACGUGACGCACACCCUGCGCACGAUGGAGUACCACGAUCGGGACGAGCAGUUCUACUGGUUCAUCGAGGCGCUCGGCUUGCGGCGCCCGUACAUCUGGGAGUACAGCCGGCUGAACAUGACCAACACGGUGCUGUCGAAGCGCAAGCUGACGUGGUUCGUGGCCGAGGGCCUGGUGGACGGGUGGGACGAUCCGCGCUUCCCGACCGUGCGUGGCAUCCUGCGCCGCGGCAUGACGGUGGAGGGCUUGCGCGAGUUCAUCAUUGCGCAGGGGUCGAGCAAAUCGGUCGUCUUCAUGGAGUGGGACAAGAUCUGGGCGUUCAACAAGAAGGUGAUCGACCCGAUCGCUCCCCGCUAUACGGCGCUCGAGAGCGAGGCGCGCGUGCCGGUCAACGUAGCUGGCGUGCAGCCGGGCACGAUGCAGGCCGCCGUCCAUCCGAAGAAUGCAGACAUCGGCACGAAGACGGUACACUAUGGGCCGCGCGUGCUGAUCGAUCUGGCGGACGCGAAGGAGCUGAAGGAGGGCGAGAACGCCACGUUCAUAAACUGGGGCAAUCUGUUGAUCCGGAAGGUGAACCGGGGCGCCGACGGGGUGCCGGUUUCGGUCGACGCCACGCCGAACCUGGACAACAAGGACUACAAGAAGACGCUCAAGCUUACGUGGCUGUGCGAGCUGCCGGCGGACCAGUACACGCCGACGUACUGCGUGUACUUUGAGCAUAUCAUCAGCAAACCGGUGCUCGGCAAGGACGAAGACUUCAAGAGCUACAUCGGCCAUCAAACGAGGACCGAGGUGCCGAUGUUGGGCGAUCCGGAGCUGAAGCGGUUGAAAAAGGGCGACAUUAUUCAGCUGCAGCGGCGUGGAUUCUUCAAGGUCGAUCAGGCAUACCAGCCGGCCAGUGAGUUUAGCGGUGCCGAGACGCCGAUCGUACUGUUCGCCAUUCCGGACGGUCAUGUUGCAGCCGUACCGACGGCAAACGUUCCCAAGAAGGAAACGGCGGGAGAGAGCAAGAAGUCGAAACAACAGGCAGCGGUUAAACCAUCGAGCGGCAGCAGUGCUUCGGACGCAGCCCACCUGAACGAAUCCAUCACCCAGCAGGGCGAACAGGUACGAAAGCUUAAAGCGGACAAAGCACCGAAGGCGGAUGUUGACGCGGCGGUGAAAGUACUGCUCGAGCUAAAAGCACAAUACAAAGCACAAACGGGCAGUGACUGGAAGCCGGGUGCAGCGGUAGUGGUUGCUUCAGCAGCGCCUGCAGCGGGCUCGUCCGAUGCCGAUUCCCUCAACGGUAAGAUCGUUGAGCAGGGCAAUUUGGUGCGCGAUUUGAAGGCGAAAAAGGCGGCCAAGCCUGAGGUGGACGCAGCGGUAAAGACACUGCUCGAGCUGAAAGCACAGUACAAGGCGGCUACGGGAAGUGACUGGAAGCCGGGAGCAGUCGUCGCCAGUCCAGCAGCAACCGCCGCCGCUGCCGCCCCCCAACCAACAGCGGCAGCAAGUGGAGGUGCCGACGCGAUCAAUGCAAAGAUCGUUGAGCAGGGCAAUUUGGUGCGCGAUUUGAAGGCGAAAAAGGCUGCCAAGCCCGAAGUGGACGCAGCGGUAAAGACGCUGCUCGAGCUUAAAGCACAGUACAAGGCGGCUACGGGAAGUGACUGGAAGCCGGGAGCAGUCGUCGCCAGUCCAGCAGCAACCGCCGCCGCUGCCGCCCCCCAACCAACAGCGGCAGCAAGUGGAGGUGCCGACGCGAUCAAUGCAAAGAUCGUCGAGCAGGGCAAUUUGGUGCGCGAUUUGAAGGCGAAAAAGGCUGCCAAGCCUGAGGUGGACGCAGCGGUAAAGACACUGCUCGAGCUUAAAGCACAGUACAAGGCGGCUACGGGAAGUGACUGGAAGCCGGGAGUAGUGCCACCAACAGCAGCGGCAUCUACCACACAAACUGCCGGUGCAUUGAAACCAUCCAACACCGCCACUGCUGCUCCUUCGGCAGAAGCGAUCAACACCAAGAUCAUUGCGCAGGGCGAUUUGGUGCGCGAGCUGAAGGGUAAGAAGGCACCGAAGGCGGAAGUGGAUGGGCAGGUCAAAGCGCUGCUCGAUCUGAAAGCCCAGUACAAGCAAGCGACCGGUGGCCAGGAGUGGAAACCGGGCUGCGUACCACCGGUGGUGAAGGAGAAGGAACCGGCGGCAAACCCUGCCGGUGGUGAGGCUGACCUGCUGGCCCAAAUCACCGCCCAGGGCGACAAGGUGCGAACGCUGAAGGGCAGCAAGGCGGACAAAACGUCCAUCGAUUCGGCCGUUGCCGAGCUGCUGAAGCUUAAGGCAAGCUAUAAGACGCUGACGGGCAAGGACUGGAAGCCGGGUGCAACGGUUGCUUCGACCACCACCACCACCACCACCACACCUGCACCGGCUGCGGCAGAGAAGGAGAACAUGUGUCCGGCGAGCGGAACCGAGCUGGCGGAGAAGAUCGCCAAGCAGGGCGAUACGGUGCGCACGCUGAAGAGUGGCGGUGCGGCAAAGGCCGAGGUUGACGCGGCCGUUAAGAUCCUGCUCGAUUUGAAGGCAGACUACAAGAAGCUCACCGGUACGGAUUACGCCCCGCCCGGUGGUGCUGCGGCCGGUGGACGGCAGCAAACGAAACCGAAGAAGGAAGCGAAGCCGAAAUCGGACCCAAAGCCCACCAAACAGGAAGCGAAACCGGCCAAGGACGAUGGGUCGGGAGGGCCGAAGAAGCAGACGCGCCUCGGGCUGGAAGCCACCAAGGAGGACAACCUGCCCGACUGGUACUCGCAGGUCAUUACCAAGGGUGAAAUGAUCGAGUACUACGACGUGUCCGGGUGCUACAUACUGCGCCACUGGUCGUUCGCCAUCUGGAAGGCGAUCCGGAACUGGUUCGAUGCGGAAAUUACCAAGCUCGGCGUGAAGGAGUGCUACUUCCCGAUCUUUGUGUCGCGGGCCGCGCUCGAGCGCGAAAAGACGCACAUCGCCGACUUUGCACCGGAGGUGGCCUGGGUGACGAAGAGCGGCGACUCCGAGCUGGCGGAACCGAUCGCCGUCCGGCCGACGUCCGAGACGGUCAUGUACCCGGCGUACGCCAAGUGGAUCCAGUCGUACCGCGACCUGCCGAUCCGUCUCAACCAGUGGAACAAUGUUGUGCGCUGGGAGUUUAAGCAUCCACAGCCGUUCCUGCGCACCCGCGAGUUCCUCUGGCAGGAGGGCCACACCGCGUUCGCGUCGAAGCAGGAAGCGGACGAGGAGGUGCUGACCAUCCUGGACCUGUACGCGAAGGUGUACACCGAUCUGCUGGCGAUCCCGGUGGUGAAGGGGCGCAAAACGGAGAAGGAAAAGUUUGCCGGCGGCGACUACACGACCACGGUCGAGGCGUACAUCUCCGCGUCCGGGCGGGCGAUCCAGGGCGCCACCAGCCACCAUCUCGGGCAGAACUUUUCCCGCAUGUUCGACAUCGUGUACGAGCACCCGGAAACGAAGGAGAAGGAGUACGUGUUCCAGAACUCGUGGGGCAUCACGACGCGCACGAUCGGCGUCAUGAUAAUGGUGCACGCGGACAACCAGGGGCUGGUGCUGCCGCCGCGCGUCGCCUGCAUCCAGGUGGUGAUCGUGCCGUGCGGCAUUACGGCCACCACGACCGACGAGGAGCGGCGCCGGCUGUACGACAGCUGCCGCGAGCUGGAACGCACGAUUGCCGCGGCCGGCAUCCGGUGCGAAGGGGACUACCGGGACAACUACUCGCCCGGCUGGAAGUACAACCACUGGGAGCUGAAGGGUGUGCCGGUGCGCGUCGAGCUCGGCUUCAAGGAUCUGCAGAACGAUCAGUUCGUGGCGGUGCGCCGUGACAAUGGCGCAAAGCAGACGAUCAAGCGCGGCCAGGCGACAGCCGAGCUGGGCCAGCUGCUCGAAACGAUCCACGCCAGCAUGUACGAGCGGGCGGACCGUGAUCUGCACGCGCACACGAAGGUCACCAAGCAAUGGGGCGAGUUUUUGCAGUUCCUCGAGGCGAAAAACAUCAUCAUGGCGCCGUUCUGCGGUGAGAUUGCGUGCGAGGACCGGAUCAAGGCGGAGAGUGCGCGCGACGACGCGGAAGCGGAAGCGGGCGCCCCGGCGAUGGGUGCCAAAUCGCUCUGCAUCCCGUUCGAGCAGCCGGCCAAGAUUGAUCCGGCGGCCGACAAGUGCGUACAUCCGGCUUGUGGCCGGGUGGCCAAGUUUUACACGCUGUUUGGAAGAAGUUACUAACUUUUUGUUUGUUUUGUUUUCUUUUGGCGUGUCGCGCCGCCUGCCCACCCCUUGGUUGGUCGUCGUGCGACACGAGCGGAAUUAAUUAGAAGCUAUUUAAUGUGAAAUGGACUAACCACCCAAUCGUUCGUCGUUUGUCGUCAUUUAAGAGCAGUAAAGAUGUAAUACCGAUUUUUCUACAAUUGAAUGAAACUAAUUUGCUUACGGAUUUGUUUUAAUUUGGUACGAGAAAGUUGAAUUUUACUGCGUCGCCCGCACUACCACAAAUCGAAAAUGAUGAAUUUAUCUAUGUGAAUAUUAAAUAAAGCUUUCGGACAAAUUGCUUCCACCACUGCUACCAGCGUGGACUAAAAUUCAAA